UGGGAGUACAAUGAUAAGAUUUAUGGAUGGAGCACAUACAUACAGGACAGCGACAUCAGAAUGGACACACCUACCCUAGUGCCAGGCACAUGUUACUAUCGUCAGGUCUGCUAUUUAACACUCGUCCUUGCACUUGCUGACUCCGAGAGAGAAUACAAGUGUACAGUGGAGAACGAUGGUGACAAAGACUCGGCCUCUCUCACUCUUGGGAUAGUCAAUGAAGAUGGCAAUGCACCAAUCCAAACUUCAUCAACUCAGAGCCAUACACUACCCCCAGCUUCACCAACUGAGAACUACAGCUCAACCGCUGGUGCCAUUUCUGACAACACGAUUCUCUGCCUCGUUACUUCUGUAUGUCUGAUGGUGUUGAUACAAACUGGGCCAUAAAAACCUGUACUUUACAAUGGACACCUACUCGACGACUUGAAUUUCAGGAAACUGCACCAAUGUCUUUACUCGCCAUGCUAACUUGUAUAUAACAUUUCGUUAAAUUCGUAUCCACAUACACACAAAUACACACAUUAACACAUAAAAACAAAUGAAACCAUAUUUACAGGGUGGGGUUUAUUCCCCAUUGAGAAUAAGCUGCGAUUUCUAUAGAGCCCGUUUUCUUAUUGACAUCUGUGCUCCUUUGAAGUGUAAAGUCCUGAAAAGGCAUGCUAGCCUUUAAAGAUGCUAUUUGCAUAACUGAAUAUCUUAAAAUAAUAACAUUACAUUUUGCUAUAUAGUGUAUAUUUCUCUUAUACUUGUUCUUUUUUGUUUGGACAGAAUAUUUGAAUUAGUUCUCACUGCAAA